AUGGUUUCACAAGAUCAUGCUCAGUUGGACUCAGACAUAAUUGCAGAUGUCAUUAGGCUGUUGGUCGAAGUAGACCCCUUGAUAAAGGUGAAGUCUAUUAUUGCAGAGGUUCAAGGAAGGUUCAACUACACUUCAUUCAGACAUUGCAAGCCAUUGGUGCAGGUUGAUGGCAUGCACCUGUACGGAAAAUAUAAAGGUGCACUUCUGGUAGCGGUUGCACAAGAUGGGAAUCAAAACAUUGUGCCUAUUGCAUUUGUGAUUGUCGAGGGCGAGACAACAGACGCAUGUGAGUUUUUCCUAACUAAUUUGCAGAGAUAUGUGGUUACCAUUGAUGGUGUGGGUAUUAUUUCUGACCGCUAUACCUCCAUCGACACUGCAAUAACUCGCAGUAACGGUGCAUGGUCACCACCAAGGGUGUGGCACAUGUACUGCAUCAAACACAUCAGGUCCAACUUCUUAAGGAGGUUCAAGGCUCCAUAUUUGAAUCAUCUCGUGGUGAACAUAGGUAUUUCAACUCGCUGUUAUGGUUCUAUUCAUAGUAAAUUUGUGGCAUCUGCUUAUGAUGAAAUGGUUUGUUCAACAGGCUAUUCUAGGACAGAGCAGGAGUACAACAAAAACUACCAAUGGCUUAAAGAGCGAGGUGAGGCAUAUACUCAAUGGUGCGGUGAGAUCGGUGUUGAGAGAUGGGUGUUGGCAUUCGAUGGUGGUCAUCGUUGGGGACAUAUAACGACAAACUUGGUAGAGUGCAUAAAUUCUGUCCUGAAGGGUGCACGCAACCUUCCUGUGACUGUCCUUGUUCGGUCAACUUUCUACCGGCUGUAUGAGUUGUUCACUCGGAAGAGUACCGAGGCUCAUGAGCGUCUCUGCAACGGAUUCACGAAUUCAGAAUUUGCAACGAAGAGAGUUGAAGAAAGCUUCCGACGUGCAGGAAACAUUGUGGUCAACUGGUUCGACAGGCGCAACGAGAUGUUUGAGGUUCGCGAAAUAAAAGAUGGUACCAUUUACACUGUUAACCUUGUGCAACAACACUGCGACUGUGGCCAUUUCCAGGUCGAGCGACUUCCAUGUUGCCACGUGCUUGCAUGUUGCGCCAACCAGCGUCUUCAUUGGCAAGUAUACGUGCACGAUGUGUAG